UCUCAUUUUUUGUUUCGUAGUUGUUUGUUUUGUCGCGUGUCUAAUGGUGAAACCUUUCUCGAGAAACACCAGACUCGAGAACCAUUCUGACGAACCACUGAAGGUUCAUGUGACAGAGGAUGGCAUAUUUCAAUGCGAUGACAGAUUUCUAAUAAUCCAACCGGGUGAGCACAGGUACAUGUGCUACGCCGAUUUGAGGAUUGAAUACAAAGGUGGACGCCUAGUAGAAGUGCUUUUUUACGUCGGAGACCGGCAGACGAGACGUAUAUUGACAUCGCAGAUAAGGGAUCAUGAGAAAAUCAUAUUCUUCAAACGCGAGGAUGGAACCAUCGCCCACAGUCUUAUCAGGGGGAGUAUGAUCCAGAUGAACGGGAUAGUUAUCUCGAUGAAAGACGCGGUGAGAAAGAUCAAGUCAUGGCUGAAUUAG